AUGACCAAGGCCAACUACUUUGUCGAGGGCGUCAUCGCCAAGGCGCUGUACGGCCAAGUGCUGCUCUGCCGCAACGAGACGGGCGGGCGCGCCGCCGUCAAGCGCGUCGACCUCUCGAUCUCCGGCACGCGGCCCUCGGACCUCGACCUCGACGACCUCGACGACGAGAUCCGCGAUGAAAUCCAAGCUGAGAAGCACGUCAACCUCGUCCUGCAACGCCAUCGCCACCGCCACCUCGUGGCCAUGGACGACCACUUCGAACUCGACGGCUUCCAACACUUCGUGUUCGAGUACUGCGCCAACGGCGAGCUCUUUGACGCGCUCAAGCACGCCAAGGGCGGCCGCUUCUGCGAGCUCCGCGCCUUGCAUUACUUUCGCCAGAUCGUCGCGGGCGUGCACCACAUGCACCGCCAUGGCUUCGCGCACCGCGACCUCUCGCUCGAGAACGUCCUCCUGACCAAGGACAACGUGUGCAAGGUCUGCGACUUUGGCCUCGCCGUGCCGCUUCCCGGCGUCGCCACCGAGACGGUCGGGAAGCUCAACUACAUGGCGCCCGAGGUGCACGCGGGUGACGUCUACGACCCGGCGCUCGCCGACGUGUGGUCACUUGGCAUGAUGCUCUUCAUCAUGAUCUCGGGCGUGCCGCUUGUCGACGUGCCAAGCGACAGUGAUCGGCGGUUCACGAUUCUGCGCGAGUAUGGCGUCGAGGCCAUCGUGGGCAUGUGGCACAUGGAGCACCUCUUCUCGCAUGCGAUCCUCGACCUUCUCCAGUCGAUGCUCAUGGUGCACCCGGGGAAGCGCGCCACCAUGACGCAGGUCAAGCGGUACCUCGACACGAUGGACCGUCCGGAGGUCCCACCGCCGCCGCCGAUGCAGAGCCGAGGAAAGGCCAAGAAGCCAAAGAAGGCGGCGACCAAGACCAAGAUCGUCGGCGGGGGCAAGUGGCGCAGCCUCUUCCAGCGCUGGUUCUGA